AUGUCAAGCUCAGCUCACGAUCUUCGCCAGCGGCGGGCCGCCAGUCCAGUGACCACGAACACCGACUUCAGUACGGAUACGUUCGACUCCGACGCAGACGACGGAGGUUCCCAUGCGGAGACCGUCGAACCAGCCUUUGGCAUUACCCCAUAUAGACUCGUCGGCGCUCUCAUCAGCCUCUCGAUCGGCGUCGCGAAGGUCAUCGCAGCGGUGCUCACGCACUCGUUCGACGUCGUAGACGUCGUUAUCAUGCUCCUUGCGCCAGCGGUCUUAUACGUACUCGAGUAUGCGAAGUCAAGUGUCAAAGCACCUGGGCCCAUCUGGUGGUUCUUCCACCAUGAGAUCGGAUUUCGACGUGUCAGCCGCCAGCAGGUAUCCAGAAAUAAGCAGCAAACAGCUCUACCGCCUAGUCCGGUCAAAGUCGUGUACGAGAAUGGAUACGAUCAGCAUGUCGCAAGCUACAGCGCGAUGCUGCACAAUUACCUACAGCGCGACCAGCGCACUUCGGCCCCGGAGAUCGUCUACGUCGACGAGAUGUCCGGCGAGCCGCACGAGCCUACAUGGAGCGCGACAUGUACAGUGGCUCAGCUAGAUGUAGCGGGGAAAGGGAGCGGCAAGACGAAGACACAGGCGCGACACAUGGCCGCCAGGAGCGUCCUUGUCAAGCUGGGCGUGCUUUCUGCAAGUUCAACAUGA